AUGGUACUAGCUUCCAUCCAUACCUCCAGAUAUACCACCAAUCUGUUGGUAACAUCUCUAUCGCACAUUCUAUCCAAACAUGUUCCCAACUUGCUCGGCUCGCUCGGUCUCCGCAACGUCGUCGAUGGCGGCAGCGUCAGCGACCCGCACGUCCACACGUUCGCGAAGCGCCAGUCUCAUGGCGAGUUUAUCGCGUUCGCCUGUCUCAUCCCCGUGUUGGUCUUGUUGUCGGGUCUGUUUGCCGGUCUGACGCUAGGGUACAUGUCGCUCGACGAGACGCAGCUCAACGUGCUCUCUAUCAGCGGCACACCAAAGCAGCAGGCGUACGCCAAUAAGAUCAAACCUAUCCGGAAGAACGGCCACUUGCUGCUGGUCACGUUGCUCCUCGCGAACAUGAUCGUGAACGAGACCCUGCCCGUUAUUUCGGACCCUAUCCUCGGCGGUGGCGUUCAAAGUGUCGUCGUCAGCACCGUCCUCAUCGUCACCUUCUCCGAGAUCAUUCCCCAAUCCGUUUGCACCCGCUAUGGCCUCGCUAUCGGCGCCACAAUGGCCCCGUUCGUCAAAAUCCUGAUCUUUGCCCUGGGAAUCGUCUCCUGGCCGAUAGCCAAGGUGUUGCAGUUCAUUCUCGGACCGCACCACGGGAUCAUCUACAGGCGCUCGGAACUGAAGGAGCUGAUCAACAUGCAUUCCGCAACGGAAACGUACGGUGGCGACCUUAAGCGCGACACGGUGACGAUUAUCGGCGGCGCGCUCGACUUGCAGGAGAAGAUGGUCAAAGACGCUAUGACACCGAUUGAGAAGGUGUUCAUGUUGCCCAUCGACGCGAAGCUCGACGAAGAGACCUUGCGGCGUAUAUGCGCCACUGGCCACAGCCGCAUACCCGUAUACGAGGAGAUCGAUGUACCUGUCGGCGCUAGUGGUGUUAUUGAAGGCAGGAAGAUCAAGCCAAGCAUGCAAAAGGUCAAGAAGAUCAUCGGCAUCCUUCUCGUUAAGCAUUGUGUUAUGCUCGACCCGAGCGAUGCUGUACCUCUGCGGAAGAUCCCCUUGAAUCGUGUGACGUUCGUCCCUCAGAAUGAGUCCCUCCUCGGUAUCCUCGAUAGGUUCCAGGAAGGUCGCUCGCAUAUGGCCAUCGUCACACGGUUCAGCAAAGAGAAGGCUGCGAGCGUGAAGAAGGUGGUCAAGAAGAACUUGACUCAACGUUUGCGCGAGCGCGUCAUGGGUGACUCAGACUCCAGCAGCGAUGAGGAGCCAGAUGAGAAAGAGGUACAUAAGGGCGGUCGGGAUGAGCCUCUCCACCCGAACGCUACGUUGCGUGGUGGCGAGUCCGGAAAGGAAGACGGUAAGCCUUUGUCGCCCGUUCGCACGAAUUCGGGUCGAGGGCGGAGCAAGCGUCGUAAUCCGGACCUCGAGAUGGGACUGGGGUUGGCGAUGACGCCUAUUGAGGAUAAAGACAAAGAGCAGCAAGCGAAGAGUCGCAGGAGUAGCUUGCAGCUCUCCAGAGGUCCCGCGCUGGAGCAGAGUAUGCCGGCCGAUGCGGUUCUUACCCGCCAGGCCGCCCAGGAUUUCUUGCAAGGCUUUGAUCACGCCAUCGCCCCUCUUGGCAUUAUCACGCUGGAGGAUGUUUUGGAAGAGCUCAUCGGCGAGGAAAUCUACGACGAGUUCGACAAGGAAGGUCUGCACGCCGACCUCUACUCUGCCGCGCCGCCAGCAAAGGCACCGGCUCUCCAACGCAAGAAUUCGGCACCGCAGCUCGGUCAUGACGACAGCACGAUCACGACUGGGUCCACCGUCGUUAGCGGGCCCACCGGCUUGAAGAACAUCAGCACCAUCGCACUGCCCGGAUUCAAGAACCUGAACCCAUUUUCGCGCUCGCGGAGCGCGCCGCCGACGCCGAGGAAGAAGGACAAGGUGCUCCCGAUGGACGUGGUUGACGACGACGUCGUGCUCCCUCCCCCGGCCGUUGUAGUCAAUCAUCUGCCGCCUGCCGAACAGAACGAGCUAGAGCUACCGAUUCCGGUUCCCCCGCGCAUCGUCGUCCCCGAGGAACCUUCUUCAAGUCACGGCGAGGCCUCGCCCAUUACGGCCACCUUGGGUUACGGCGACGAGGGCCCGCGCAUCGACGCGCCUCGCCCUGUCUCCGCUCUGCCUAGAACAGUUGUCGGCAGUUCGCUCAUGCCGUCGCGUAGCACGAGCCCCGCGCCGAGUCUUGAGCUCUUCCUGCACGAGCGCCGGCGUAACAAGCGGGACAACCCCGGCGCGGCGCAGCAGCCCCCGCCGCCCAGUCCUGUGCCGAGCCCACCGGGUACGGCCACAGGUUACGGCUCGUCGACGAUCGCGAGAGCUGCGAGCGCGAAGGGCGGGAGGUUCAAGAGCAGUCCGUUGACGGGCGGGGAUUUGACGGGGAGAGUCGUCGCUGAGCAGGUGAAGAGGGAUUUGAGCGUGCCGAUGGACGCGGGGCGGAAUCCGGGGCGUAUCUCGGAGGCGAGGGAGGAUGGAGACGAGCAGGAACAUGAAGAGAUGUAAGAUAUUUUGAGGUGUUGAGGGGGUUCUGCUGGUCUUUUCAUGGACGGAACUGCUGGAAUGAGAUCGGGGUAAGAGGAUAGCGUACGUGUAUCAUUUUCGACCUUUUUUUCCCUUUUCUUUCCCUUCGCUUUUUCAACUAGCUUGCAAUCGAUUGCUCGUACAUUGUAGAUGCAUUGGCUUCAUCAUUUUCGAGAUACGUUGCGCGUUAUGUAUAGUAUUGAUACUGACGGAUGCCGG